AUGAAGACAAUGCUCAAGUCUUUACGAGCCAACCAACAUCAACUGGAGGCAAGGUUGAAAAACCCAAUGCCAAAUUCACAGGAGCAAUCCAAGGUGGUAUCACUUCACAGCGGAAAGAAACUCACUCCCACAAGUGAGGAUCUAAGCCAAGCACCUGCAGAAGUACCUGAGGAAGCUGAAGACAUCAUUGACCUUAUUAAAGAAAAAGAAGCAUGGAACGCGA